CUGUUGACCGCUGUCAAGUAUUUUGUGCUAGACUCGUUAUCGCUCAGUCGCUGUACAUUUUAAAAUAUUUUAGGUUAACUGUGUUGUGAUUAGUUUUUGUUGUGAAAUAACAAUUUUUUAUACAUGUGAUUAAUCGAAAAAUACAUUAUGGAGAGCGGAAAUAUCGCAGCUAUUUUUUUAUUACUAAUAUCGUCAAUAUACCUAUGUCAAAGUGCUAAAAUAAAUACGCCUAGAGUGCUGCUCCCCUGGUUUGAGAAUUUGUAUGUGAAUUUUACGUUCGAAAUUAUAGAUGGUGGCUGCUAUGAGUGGAGUUUAUCGCGCGAUGACAUCAUCGACUUGGAGCCCUUGUACGAAGAUACCUGGGGGCAUUGUUCGAGGUCCGCGCGUGUAUCAGUCUCCAAGACAUGUGUUUCGCCCGGCACUGUUAUUAUUCUCGCCCAGGAAGUGAACUCUGGUGAGAUAUUACGAGGAGAUGUUGAUGUUGAUAAAGUAGACUCCUUAAAAGUGUUGAGUACUACUUGGAAAUUGUAUCUGGAGGAGGCACCAGAGGCAUUUGAAGUCAUUGCAUCUGAUGAUCAAGGAAAUACAUUUUCCACUUUGGAAGGAGUGCCAUUUGAAUGGUCUGUAAAAAACAUUGGCAGUAGCAUUGGCCAGGAAAACUUGGUGAAUUUCGUUCAAUGGAGCGACACAGACUAUGAAGCGCCGCGUGGUGUAGCAGAGCUCGAGGCAAUUGGUUUGCGAUCAUACUCUGUCCUGCUGUAUGGGCAGGCGAUGGGAGAUUGCCAAGUAACUGUGUGUCUUGGAGACAUCUGCACCAAUGUGAACCUGCAAGUGGUUCCCAGUGUCGUUCUUACACCUGCCACUGCAAUAAUUGCAUUGGGUGAUACUUUACGAUACAAAGUUGUUAAAGUAUUUGCUGGCCGUCUGACAAUCCAAAAUAUACAAGAUACAGUAUAUUACACCAAACUACCUGAAAACAAUAUAGCUGAUUUAGAAGAUUCGGUCAGUCUAGUACGAGGCCUUCAAAUCGGAACAACAAGCAUAUACCUAAUGUCAGGAGCUACAGAAGUGACGUCAGCAGUCCUCACGGUGGCAAACCCUUACAGCAUACGUGUAACUUUACGUCCAUCUGGCUUGAUCAUUCGCGGAGAGAAAUUCAUAAUACACAGCAUAUUAUUAGACGCUGAAGGCCAUGCCAUAACUGCCGGAGAUGAGGUGCUUAUAAGGCUCUCUGUAGAGGGAGAUGCUAAUGUCGAUCUAUUACGGUCUACAGAGAAUGGAACUUUGACAGAUGCAAUGGCUCAGAAUGCGGGAACAUUUACUGUUACAGCGAGAUUGCAUUCAAUUGCUGGGAAGGUUAUAUCGCAAAAGGUUGAAGGCCAGGUUUCUGCUGUUGUUGAAGAUCCAUUAGAAGUGAUACCACCGGAGCUUUAUGUUGCAUGGACAGAAACUAAACAAGAAGUGCAGUUAAAACAUCGCGGCGGAGGCGAGGAGCCGGUGACUUGGUCGUUAGGUGAGACGGUGACAGACGCUUUCUCGCUCACUCCCGCGGGUGAUAUGUUGGUGCGCGGCGUGGGCAGUGUUGCGGUGCACGUGCACUUGACUAGACACCCACACGUACGGGCUACUGGCAGAGUAUGGUCAUCCCCAAUGGAGUUGCUGCAAGUGUCUAGUUCCGGCCUCGCUCGCGUCGGCCGCCCGCACCAACUGCACAUAGCUCUUACCGCCGCGCACCCCUCCAAUGGCGAGCUGUACAACUACCAUGUAUGUGACUGCGCUUCGUUUGCGGUUUCUUUGCUGGAGGGUCCGGAACCACAGAAUUUCACAUCCGCGCCAUGGAUACAACCAGCCGAGGGCGCGUGCUGCGUGAUCGAGGUGGUGUUCGUGUCCAGCGGCGUGAGCACGCUGCGCGUGAGUCGCGCGCGCGUGGCGGACACGGCGCGCGUGGCGGUGUCGGCCGCGCCCGCGCUGCUGUGGCCGCACAAGGCCGCCGCGCUCGUCGGCGCCACGCUGCCGGUGAUAGCAGAAGGCGAGUCGUUAGUACCGCAGGCGAGCGAGUCGCGCGUGGCGGAGCUGACGCCGCGUGAUGGGCCGCCGCCGUACAACCAUCCCGACGUGCAUCUGUUUACGCUCAAGUGUCAUAAGAAAGGCGAAACGUCCCUGGAGCUGUGGUCGCGCGGUGCGUGGGAGAGCGAGUCGCUUCGACUUGAGGCUGCGUGUGCGCCGGCUGUAGCGCGGCUCCGUCUCGAGCCCCCUGACACGCCCGGCAACUGCUCUAGCCCGGCCAGAAUUUGGCUCCGUCCCGGUCACGAGGUGUCGGUGAAAGUGAUGUUGUUCGAUGCGAUAGGCAGAGAGUUGCUCGACGAGCGCGGCCCGCGGGUGUCAUGGGAUAUUGACCCUAACCACAUCGGCAUAGAGUACAGAUCCACCGACAGGUUGUUUGUACAGACACAUCCAGAUUUUGAACCUGUACCGGUGCCACAAAAGUUUUAUCAGUUGGUGAUCGCAAAUGAAAAAGCCAUUGGCUGGAGUGGUGUUCUUAAAGCCAGUAUUGAUGAUGUAACUGCCAGUAUUCAAGCUAAAGUCGUCGCACCGUUAAAAUGCGAGCCAUUGCAAGUUCACAUGGCUUGGGAAGGCGAGAACUCGAGCUCCGUCGGCACGGUCCGCGGCGGCAGCGGCAAGUACCUGGUGGAGGCGGGCGGGGGGGCCGCGGGCGCGGUGCGGGGCGGAGAGCUGUUACUGCAGGCCCCCGCGCCUGGACUCUACCACGUGCGAGUGGCCGACAUGUGCGUGCAUGAUGAACACACUGUUGAGGUGCACAUGGAAGAAAUAUUUAGCGUAGAAGUGUCGACAUCGCGCGCUGUGAGUGUCGGCGGGUGCGUGCCAAUAUCAGCUCUAGUGAAGGGCAUAUCGCAGCGUUACUUAUCGAUAAGUAGCUCGCCGGAGUGGCGAACACAUGGACACGUGAUCGUUAGGGAUGGUCAGCUCUGCGGAAUUAAGGAGGGUACAGGAAGAGUGAGGGCUGCUGUUGGCGGCGUGUGGAGUUCUGAUGUUGAGAUCGGUGUGUUCGGCGCCUUGCGCGUGGAGGUGAGUCACGCGCGCAUCGCGGUGGGCGCCAAGCUGCAGCUGCGCGCGCGCGGCGGCCCGCCCGCGCACCUCGCCGCCGCGCACUACCGCGCCGUGCCGCCGCACCCCGCCAUAGAGGUGACCUCAACGGGCUUAGUGCACGGACUUGCAAUGGGAACGGCCCGCGUCAAACUUGUGGCUGUCGACGGCGCCAAUGUAGAAAUCGAUAGUGCCGAGGCGGAAAUAGAGGUGGUACCAGUAACGGGUAUCCAGGCGCGCGCGGCGACGCGCACGCUGCUGGUGGGUGCGCCGGCGCCGCUGUGGCUGGAGGCGGAGGGGCUGUCGGCCGCGUCGCUCGCCGCGCUGCACCCGCCGCCGCGCGUCACCUGGAGUCUGCGCGACCCCGUCAGCGCAAGGCUGUACACAUCCUACAACGAUGAUUUACUCGAAAGAUCCAUAGCGGAAGGUUUGUCUGUGAGAGUGGUUCCAUUGAAGCCUGGAGUAAUCACCAUCGACGUUAGAGUACGAAAUAUGGGACAGGUGGCAGAAACCCGCUCAUGGGAUAGCACCAUAGAGAUUGUAGCCAUCUCAGACAUAACGACAUCUGUCAAAGGAUCAUCAAAGGACAUGACUUCUGGCGAUCGGCUUGCUCUAGCCGUUGGAGCUGUGGUACGCCUUCAAUCUUCGCCAAGGAGUAGCUGGAAGGCAUAUAGAGAGGGUGUGUUUAAUGUCACGGCGAAUGGGGAGCUCAGAGCGCUUGCGCCAGGGUACGGUGUGGUCGUGGCACAUCAUAAGGAUGAGAGAAUCAACGUUUACAGGGAAACGGUGAUUCACGUGGAGGUGUCGGUGCCGCAGUACUGCACGGCGGAGGCGGGCGCGGAGGAGGGCGCGGUGCGCGUGCGCGCGCGCAGCUCGGUGGGGCGCGCGCUGCUCGCGCCGCACGCCGACGUGUCCGCGCACCCCGCCGCGCUCGCGCACGCGCAGUAUGCGCACGAUAGCGUGCUAGGAACAGAGUUGUUGAUAGCGGGCGUGGAGCCGGCGGGCACCUUCAUGACCUUCAGCAGCACGGUGGCGGGCGUCACCGUCACCGACGAGGUCUGGGUGCCCGGCAACGACGCCAGCACUGAGAGGAUUGUCGCGACGGGCGGUUGGUUGGUGUGCCUGCGCGGCGAGGGCUGGCGAAGUGGCGCGGGCGUGGCGCUGGCGGGCGCGCGCGGCGUCACGCUGGCGCUGCUCACGGCGGCGGCGGGCGCCAAGCACACGCUGCGGCGCGAGCGCCCCGUAGCGCUCCUCACGCUGCACCAGCUGCCCGUGCAACAGUUGGAGUUCUUGGCAGGCGAGUGGCCCGCAGCCCUGGUCCCGCUCACGACGACUGCGGCCGGUCUCACGCAGGGUCCAAUCAUAUGCACGGAGGAACAGAAGUACGCGCUAGAGGGCGUGCAAGUGAACCUGCCUUACACUUGCCGCACUGAAACGCCGCACAUCGCGGAGCCCGCGCUUGAUAUUAUUAACGGACAAAUGGGUUGCAAAAUAAUCCCAGGCGUGCCUAUCACCGAGGCUAUGGACGUGGAGGUGUGCGCGGAGUGGGGCGUGAUGCGCGCGUGUCGGCGUACGGCGCUCGUCCCGGCGAUAAGGGUGUCGCGCGAGCGUGUGUCCGCGGCGCAUGCGCCCGCGACCUUCAGCGUGCUCGGCCAUCCGCGCGCGCUGCGGCUCGUCAAGAUUACCUCCUCGCCUGGACUCAAAGUCGACUCUGUGGCCAAGGAAGAUGAAAUAAUCGUGACAGUGUCAAACGAUGUAUCGUCAACUUGUGGUCUCGGAGGUUAUGGUUGGGUAAAUGUGCACUCUAAACUCACUGCACAAGAGCUCAAAGUCGACGUUCAGAGGGAGUGUGACGUCGCGUACGGCACGGUGCUGGGCGCUUUGUUCUCCCUCAUAAGGCCAUAUUUAUCCACCCUGGCCACUAUUGUUGCUGCUAUCGGAGCCUAUAUUUACAUCCAAUCGAAGCUGCAACAGAAGAUAAUGGUACGCAUGCCAACGGCGCCGGCUCAGACAGCGGCGAUGCCGUUGCCGGUGACCCCCGCGCCGGAGUCCCCCACGCCGCUGUCGCCCCGCCCGCGCCAGUGGUCGCGCAGCCCCCCUGCUGCCAUGCUCCCAGCCGCCCCUGCGUACGGAGACGCGAGUUUCUCACCCAACUCCCAAAGAAGGCUCAUGCAAUAACGUUAAAGUGUAUUGCGAACGUUGCGCCGUAUCGGCGUUAGAAUUAUCGUUAGUGAAAUAGACAAUGUUUGUGAGACUUGAAAGUGAGUAAAAAUGACUUAUCGAUAUUAAGGAAUGUGUUACGUCACUAUUGCAGGUUGCGGUUAAAGUUUUGGUUGUAUGGUUUGUUGUGUUUUGACAUUAAUGUCAUUUAAAUUGACAUUCGAUGCUUCGUACAAAAAAUUUAAAGGGAUAAGGAAAACUAAUUACAAGAAUGAAUAAAACAUCUAAUAUAUGUCGACACUAAAAAUUGAGUUAUCGGCAAUUGAUUAUAAUCGAUUACUACAUGUCGAAACCAAAAAAGGAACCACAGGAACCUAUGAGCAUCGACAAGAUUCUGAAAAUAUGGGUGAGUUGGGCAAAGAGAAUCGAAAACGAAAAACGUAUUAUCCGCCACGUUGAAUAAACGAUCCUAACUUAUUUCGAUCCAUCUCAAAAAUGUACUAAUUAGAACAAUUUUUACUGGCUUACAAAUAAUUUAUUAGGAUUGGUUCUUUCUCGAAAUCGGAUUGAAGAUUGAAAUUGGGAUCGUUUAUUGAAAACAACUGUACAUUUAGUACAUGUUUUAGUUAAUCAACACUAAUGUAAAAGAGACAUCGACCAUGAAAAUAAAAACCAUAAACAGAAUGGUGCAUGUUAAGCCGCGAAGAGUUAGCAUUGCGUAUCCCAAUCCCUAACUGCGGAUUGAUGGUAAAUCCAUUUGUGAGCAUCACAAACAAACUGUUCUUAUUGGUACAUUUUUACUGACGAUCCAAAAGCAGCUGCUAUGAUCUUUGAAAUCGGCGGUAAAAGGAUAACGUGUUUUCUUUUGUCAUACGACAUGUUAUUGAUAAAAUAUAGUUUGAAUUUAGUAGACUGAGGUCUGUAUUUACAAAUGUUACUUGGCUAAGGUAUGGAGCCAGGUAAGAUAAGUCUGUUUCUCAGUGCUUACAGCGUAACAAUCUUCGCAGUGCGUAGGUAUAGGGGCACUGUGAUUGACUAAUUUCAACUUUACUUCAGUUGCCUGUCAUAUAAAAAAACUGAAUAAAGCCAACGAAAACUAUGUAAUUGGCUACACUAUGCAUCCUCAUAGUGUGAUUUGUGAAUAUGGUUGACGGAAUUCAUGAAAAAAAUUAAGAGUGUUAUAUUUUGCUUUUGUAUGGAAUAGAAAUCCAAAUGUUCGUUUUUACUGUGUCAAAGAAGAAAAACUAAAUUUAUUACAGUGGUUAAUUAUUUGCUCUUCAGUCUUAUGAUUCUUGUUCCUAAUUUAUUGAAUCAGUUGACAAGUCAACUCAAUUGAUAGUGUGGUGAUUGUUUUUUUUUAUAUUGUUUCUCACAUUGGUCUCGAUCCAUUUUAACUUUAGUAUAACUAUAAACGUAUUUUAUGUUUUCUAGAAACUAGUCUUAUUCGCAUUAUAUUAAAACGACGUGGAAAUAAUAUCGAUCAAUAUCGAUAUUCAUAGACUGCGAAUUAUCAAGUACAAAAUAUUGAACAAAUUUCUUGAUAAUAACGUUUAUAUUAUUCUCAACUCUUUAAAGUUAAUCGUGACUAGUAAAUGCUCGCGGCUUCGACCGCGUGAUUUUUUCUGGCAUAAUUCCCGCUUUAUAUUUUCCCCGGGAUAAAAAGCAAUCCUAAAUCCUUCCCAGGGUUUCAAAGUAUAUACAUACAAAAUUACAUCAAAAUCGGUUGAGUUUUUUGGGCUUACCGCGUUCCGAGAGACUCCAUGGGGACCUUGUGCUAUUAUGUGUAAUGUAAGUGUAACUGUGCAGUAAGUUUAUUGAUUCGAUUUCUUACCUCAUGACUUUCGUCGCUGUAUUAUCAAAAUGUCGUUUGUUUAAAUAUUCUAUUUCGGGAAACAUAAUUUUUUAUAGUACUAUGUAAAAAGUUUUUUUUUUAUUUAUUCAACCAUAAUAACAUUAAAAAGAAAUUGUAACUAGUACAUGAACAUUUGUAAACACAUGACAGUUUGCAUUAUGUUUUUCAUAAAUAUCAAACAUACAUUUUGAUAUGACAGCGACAUUAACAGUUGUGAUUUAAAUUGUUUUGUAUUGUAACUACUUCUACUUUACCGAAGUAUCUCAUUUGUUCUUAUGAAAAUAUUCCUGGUCGUCCAAAGAAAAUACCUUUUUUUAUUGUUUUUAUUUAUUUUUUUUGUUUUUUUUUAAAUCAUAGUGUGAUAAAUAAGCUGUAAAACGAAAUAAAAAAGAAUAAUCUGUUUGGUUGUGUUUUAAAAUUAUUACAAAUAGUGGAUACUGUGUAACAUUUAUUGGAAAGGGUACGAAAUAUAUUACAAGGGUUUAGUCAGCAUACUUUAGAAUUAGACUACAAUGAUAAAAUGUAAGGAAUGGCAGCUAAAAUAUACAUUACAAUAGUGUGAUGUCUAGACUUAAAUUAUCUAAAAUAUCACAUAUAGCAGGUGACCUAAUAGUAUUUUUUCCUUUAUUCCAUUAAAAUACGAGAUAUACAUUAGAUUUUAAUAAAAAAAAAUAGAAAUGGGUAUCUAGAAGAGAUAUCACAUUAUAAAUGUGCAGUUAGAAUUUUUAUUUAUAUGUAAAUGACAAAGUUGUGAUGAGUUUUCAUAAAUCCUGCAUAGAAUUAUGGACACAACCCAUAGUAACAAAUACUAUGUAGAUCACAUGUCAGAUUGACGUUCAUUAAUAAAUACUAAGAAGCGCUUAUAUGAAUGACAAUAAGACAUAGUGAAACUAUACAGUUGCAGCAAUUGAUUAAUAGAUGCUGGAAAAUCAGAAUCAUCAAUCAAUGUAAGAUUUAGCCAAAAAUUACCUUAUUUUAGGGAUGUAAAUUAUAUAAACCAACCAGACACUUUUGUAACCUAACUGAAAAGCAACCAUGAACAUGGUGAAACUUUUGACAGAAAAACCCGCAGUCAUUCUUAUGAGUUGAUAGUAAAUGUUACGAAAUUCUGAUUUACUAAAUAUGUUUAGCCUGGUUCUAGAUUAAGAUUUUAAUUUGUUUUUUCUUUCAUUGAUUCCAUUGAUCUGCCGCCACUGCCUAAUUUUUGUUCUAUUAAUGGGAUUUUGUUUUUAUGAUCUGAAAGGCUCUGAACUUAAUUUAGAUAAACCAAAAAUUUCAUAUCGCAAUUUCCUGCGGCAUUUUGAUUAAUAUCUAGAACUACAAAUUUGACAAAAAUUAAAAAAAACAAAAUCUUAGAAGUGAGUGGAUUUGUAAUAGUUUUAUUUAAAUUUAUGUAAGUACUUAUAUACUUACUACAACUUGUGACUUAGCAUUAUGACUCAAAAUAAAUGUAUGUUAACAUAUAUUUUGUAAGAAAUUUUGUGAUGCUUGGAAAUAAAAUAUUUUUCGUGAAAAUUAUAUGUGUAUUUU